GGAUUUUCGUGACCAACACAACUCGAACACAACUGUGCCAAGAAUAAAACUGAGCAGUCGGCACAUAAAACAGCUCUUCUCCACUUGUUUGUGGCAAGAAGGAAAGAAAAGACAUGUUUUCCUUUUGCUCUAACCUACUUCACUGCUUCAUAAGCCUAUCAUGUGUUGUAACAUUUAUUGCAACAGCAGCUUCUGGUAUCCUCCUGAUACUAGCCUCAGUGGAGCCGAGCAGCUCACUAGGAGAAGGUGGCCCGUAUGCUCUUGUACCAGGGAUAGUCUUUGUGUCAGUUGCUAUAGUGACAGUACCAUUAGGGAUCUAUGGAUGCUUAAGUGUUCGUAACGAUAGCUCAAAAAGAUUAGUAAUAUAUACUGUUAUUGCAAUUCUUGUCUCAAUUGUCAUUCUUUUGUGUUCAAGUGUCCUCUUCACUUUUACUUACACUAACCUGGUUAGUAACAACCUAAACUCCACUUUAUGGUCUGAAUUAAGGAAGCCCAACAAUUCAAAUGAUACCAGCAAGAUGUUUGAUAUACAGACUAAAGUAAGUCUUUGUGUUCCUGCUGUUAGUGUGUAUGUGUGUACUACUUGUGGUGGUUGCUAUUAG